GUCGCAACCAAUGUACCAAUUGUUCUUGUUUCGAGUCUUUUAACCCAGGGUUUAAUUAGGGUUCCAUUUUCAUGGCGUACUCCAGAGCUGUAUCUAGGAUCUGCACUCGUCUCCAAUCUCUAUCUCCCAAAUUCACCACCAAGCGCUCCGUUCCUCUUUCACCUGAUUCAUCAUCUUUCCCCAAGUCAACCUGCAAGCCUCAAGUUUCUUCUUCUUCUUCUCAUCGACGUACUUCAAGGUUACCACUUGAGUUGAGCGCUUUGAUAACAAUGAUGCCAUUGCAUAGUGCCAUUGCAUCAGCUUGCUUAAAAUCGGGCUUGUUGAUAGAGUCUGAAAGCUGGGGAUUAGUCCCUCAAGGCAAGUCAAUGCCUUUAUGAGACAAGUUUGUGGCUUCUUUGGGUCUGUAGGAGAAGGAAGUUCCUUCUUUUGACAUGUAAUACAAGAUCAAUUUUCAUAAGUUUUCAAAUUUUCUAUUUAGUGUUUUCCAUCAAUUUGAAUUGGUUGUUCGUUGUUGUUUCUUUCUUGAAAAAUAAAACAUGAAGUUGUAGAAAGCAUCAUGUUGAAUUUUCUUGAUCUUGUCA